ACAAAGCAGGACUUGUGGGAGGCGGCAGCGGAAAGAAAAGCCCGCGGCGCGUUUCCACACUCCGCCGGAGCAGCUGAUGAUGUCAUCAAGCGUGUCCUGGAGAUUCUCCCAUCGAGGAACGACGGUGAAGGGAAAGUUUAAUAAAACAACUCUGAGGCGAGGGGAGGGGAGAAAGGAGAAGGAGAACUCCCAGGGAAAAAACUUUAUCCACGCUAGAGAGGACUCUUGGAAGCUCUCUCAGCAAACCGGAUUACACUGAGAAGAGUAUUCUGCGGAUUAAUGUGGCCAUAAUUCGUUGGAUUAACGAUCACAGAAGGAGCUGAAGGAGGGAGCCAUGAGGGUCAUCUGCUCCUCUCUGGUGCUUCUCACCAUCUGCUUGGUUCACGGGGGUCAUCUGGCAAUAGCUGAAGGUGUCAGCUGCCCGUCCAUACAGGUAGAAGAAUGGAAGUUUCCUCAAACUGCCAGACACAACAUUACAGGUUUCAAUCUGGCGCACAGUUUCUCCCUGUUGAAGAACAGCGAGGUCAAGAAGAUUCGAAACCCGAGAGGGCCUGUCAUCCUUCGCCUUGGGAAAGUACAACUCAUCCAGCCUACAGGUCAAGUGUUUCCUCAUGGACUUCCAGAGGAGUUCACCCUGGUCUUUACCCUGCUCCUGAAGAAGAAAUCUUUGAAUGAUAACAUUUACCUGUUCCAGAUAUCAGAUGAACACGGCUAUCCUCAGUUCUCACUGGACUGGAAUGGUCCAGAUGGCAACCUGGCCCUGAGGGCGAGAGGGUCCGACCCUGAAGGGUCCAUGGCGGGGUGUGUGUUCGAAGGUGAUGGUGUGGAAGCGCUGAAGGACAUGCGCUGGCAUAAGGUGGCGCUGAGUCUGCAGAGAGAUGCGGCCUCCUUGCACGUGGACUGCAGCUCCAUUGAGAACAAGCCCCUGGAGCUCCGUGGCCAGUUACCCAUCAAUGGACACACGCUGCUGGGUAUGAGGGCUACUGAUGCUGCCCCUGUGGAGAUUGACGUCCAGCAAGUUAUGGUGUAUUGUGACCCUUCUCUGGCUAUCCAGGAGGCCUGCUGUGAGAUACCUGGAGCUCGGUGUCCACCAGAUGCUCCCAAGAGUCGACGAGCCGCAGAAAACCAGGUGGAGUUCGCGCACAAUCCCUUCAAACCAAUUCUCGGAUCCAAGGAACUGGCAGAAAAAUGUGCAGGCUGUGUACUGCUCAGUGAGGAAUCGAGCGUUAUUCAGGAGGGCUAUGCAGGUCAGUCAGGCCUUAAAGGAGAGAAAGGAGACCGGGGCAUGGACUGUACUGGUGCUGGAGGUCCUGGACGAUGCUCAGAAGGAGCUAAAGGGGAGAAAGGAGAGAAAGGAGAGUCGGGUCUGCCUGCCAACUGGGGAGAAGCUAUAGGAGUGAAGGGUGACAAAGGACAGAAAGGAGAAGUCGGAGCCACAGGUUUACCCGGAAGUCCAGGCAGAGAUGGUCGAGCUAAUCCUAUUUGUGUGGUGGGCCCUAAAGGACAAAAGGGCGUUCCUGGUGUAGUUGGACCAGAGGGGCUCGCAGGGGAACCAGGACCUGCUGGACCACCUGGAGUUGGAAAACCAGGACCACCAGGGCCCCCUGGUGGAAGUCCAGAAUCUAAAGGAGAGAAAGGGGAUUCUGGGAUGCCUGGUGAAGACGGAAAGCCUGGAGAACCUGGUCCGAGAGGUCCUUGGGGACCUAAAGGCGAGAAGGGAGAUGCAUGUGAACCAUGUCCAGUAGUGUCUUUUGACUCCACUGGCAACACUGUGGCCUUUCAGAGCAAGCAGGGGCCUAAAGGAGAACCGGGGGCCCCAGGCAAAGGAGAAGAGGGCCCACCUGGCCCUACUGGACUGAAUGGCAAAGCAGGAAACAAGGGAGAGCCAGGAGUAGACGGGGCCAAAGGCGAAAAGGGUGAACCGUGCUCUGGCUGCCCUACCGUUGGAGAUAUUCCAGCGGGCAUUUUGAAUCGGGCUCAAAAGGGAGAGAAGGGAGAUCCAGGUGUUGGGCAAAAAGGAGAGCAGGGUAAAGCAGGCAGCAAAGGAAAUGAUGGCAAAACUGGCAAACCUGGCCUGAAAGGAUCAAGUGGAAAUAGAGGAGAGAAGGGUGAUCCUGGCCAACCUGGUAUAGGGACAUCUGGUCCAAAAGGUGAAAAGGGAGACUCAUGUGGCGUGUGCCAAGGCACAAGUUCAGAGGUGGGAAGUGGCCCAUCUACGAUAAAGGUCACAGGGGAACGUGGCCCUCCAGGACCUCCAGGAGAAGGAGUAGAGGGCAAACAGGGGCCACCAGGUCUUCAAGGUUUCAAAGGAGAGAAAGGUGAUCAGGGUUUACAAGGAGAUCCAGGUGUGGAUGGGGUACCUGGACCCCAAGGACCUCAAGGAGAACCAGGCAGGAAUGGCCUUAAUGGACUAAAAGGAGAAAAGGGCGAUGCUUGUGACAGUUGUCCAUCACUCCCUGAAGGAAAUGGCAAUGUUGUUGGCUUACCAGGACCCAAAGGAGAGAGAGGAGAGCCAGGUUUGCCGGCCGAGGGCAGAGAGGGCAAACAGGGUCGGCCAGGCCCACCUGGUAUCCAGGGACCUCCGGGGCUCAAAGGCAGUCAGGGCGAUGCUGGGCCUUCAGGUAUUGGCCUUCCAGGAAUGCAGGGUGAGCAGGGACCUAGAGGUUUUCCCGGAGCUGCUGGUCCAGAAGGACGUCAAGGACCUGCAGGGCCGAUUGGACCAGCGGGACAAAGGGGUCCAAAGGGAGAAAUAGGACCACCAGGGCCACAGGGGCCAAUGGGAAUGGGACCAGUUGGACCUCGGGGUAGGGAUGGUACACAAGGAUUUCCUGGGAUUCCAGGGCAGGAUGGGAGUCCUGGAACCAUCGGGCCUAAGGGUGACAAGGGUGAACCAGGAGAGUGCAACUGUUUGAAUUCUAUGUCCCCUGGAACUGGCGGACCUGGGGUCCCAGGUGGUGAGAGCAGGUGGCAGCCUGGUCCUCAGGGGCCUCCUGGACCACCGGGCCCUCCAGGUCCCCCAGGGCCACAGGGCAUUACAGGAAUCCCCGGCCUACAGGGUAUCCCUGGCAACGAUGGCGUACCAGGGCAACCGGGUCCACCCGGCAAAGCACAUCAAAUUUUACUGCCUCAGGAUUCAGCUUCCACAGACAAGGAGGGCUGUGGCGAUUGCUCCAGCGGCCUACCAGGUGUGCCCGGAAUGGUUGGCGCUAAGGGCGAGAAGGGAGAUCAGGGCAAGCCGGGGGUUGUACCAUCAGAAGGAUGCGAACGGUGUCUAGAGAAACUGCAGAGGGAAGAAACACCAAGUGUGCCUACUAGUAACAGUGGUCCGUGCGUUGGUGCACAAGGAGUUCCUGGAUACCCAGGGAACCCAGGGAUCAAAGGAGAGCCGGGUCCCAGAGGUGAGCGAGGACCGUCUGGUAUUCCUGGAACCCCGGGCAAUAUUGGUUUCCCUGGUCCUCAAGGGCCUCCUGGACUGCCUGGUCAACUAGGUCAAAGAGGGACGGAUGGACUUCCAGGACAGAAAGGAGAACACGGUCCUCCCGGAAAUCCUGGCUAUCCUGGAACCAUGGGACCACCUGGACUUCCUGGCCUUAAAGGAGAGCGUGGUAGUGCAGGAACUGGAGGGCAGAAAGGAGAUUUGGGUCCGCCGGGAUCUCCAGGUUAUCAAGGACCGGUCGGCCCUGCAGGUCCUAAAGGGGAAGCUGGAACAGCCGGACCCGUGGGUCCAAAGGGAGAUCAGGGCUUCCAAGGAUCUCAAGGAUUUCCAGGACAACCGGGUCCUCCAGGUUUCCCAGGAAAAGCAGGUUCUCAGGGCCCUCCGGGACCACAAGCUGAAAAGGGUGGUGCUGGAGUUCAGGGCCCACAGGGACCCACAGGUCCCCCAGGAUCUCCCGGGUCCCGAGGCAUACCUGGACCACCUGGAAUAGAAGGACUUGAUGGCAAAGAUGGAAAACCAGGUUUAAGGGGUGAUCCAGGAGUGCCUGGCCCUGCUGGACCCAGAGGAAUGCCGGGUUUCAAGGGCAUCAAAGGACACACAGGUCUCCCAGGAAUGAAAGGAGAUAGAGGACCUCAGGGACCUGCUGGAGCAGCAGGAAGGUCUGGUCUAGAGGGCGAUCCUGGUCCUCCUGGACCACAAGGACCACCUGGAGCUCCAGGACACGUGGGUUCUGCUGGAUCUUCAGGACCACCGGGACCUAUUGGGCCACCUGGAGUUGGCAUUAAGGGAGACAAAGGUGAGGCAGGAGAGAGAGGACAGUCUGGAUUACCUGGCCCUCCAGGGCUCCCAGGACAUCCAGGGCUGAUGGGUGAACCAGGAAGUGAUGGACAAGCGGGCAAAGAUGGAGCCCCAGGCCUGCCAGGAGAACCUGGUCUACAGGGACAGAAGGGCGAAGCAGGAGUUGCAGGGCAAAGGGGACCCCCAGGAGAGCGCGGACGUCCCGGCCCACCAGGAGGAGGCUUUGGUUUUGGCUCCAAAGGACCAGAGGGGAUCAUAGGACCAGCCGGACCCCGUGGCGAGAGGGGAAGCCCUGGUUCACCUGGACCAUCUGGUGCCCCCGGACCGGCAGGAAUCCCAGGGAAUGAUGCUGUUGUAAACUAUGAUGACUUAAGGUCCUUCAUCAGGCAGCAGGUCAUUAAGAUCUUUGAUGAGCGUAUGGGCUACUACAUGUCCCGAAUGCAGAUGCCUGUGGAGAUGGUUGCGUCCCCUGGUCGACCAGGACCCCCAGGGAAAGAUGGAAAUCCAGGCAUGCCAGGUCCCCCAGGGAUACCGGGUCGCCCUGGGCAGAUUGGUCGUGAAGGAAGACAAGGGCCCAUGGGUCCACCCGGUGGCCCUGGUAUAAAGGGAGAGAAAGGAGAUAAGGGUGUAGGAGAGAUGGGAGAUAGUGGCCCUCCAGGUGCUCCAGGUGUUCCUGGUCCUCCUGGUUACGGUAAGAUGGGACCACCAGGUCCUUCUGGUCAGCAGGGCAUCCCUGGUGUUCCUGGACCUCCGGGACCUUCUGGAUCAAAGGGCAAGGAUGGUCGUUGUCACCCGUCAGACUGUAUGAGUAUGCCAGUGGAGUACAGUCCCAAAGGCCCACCUCCCAAAGGUCCCAUGUACUAGAAAGUGGUUUAAGAGAAGUAAAAGAUGGAGGAUGGUGCCCAUUGAUUGACAUUCUCCCAGUUACCUACCUGUAUCUGCUAAGGCUUCUGAGAAGAUCCAUGGAGACCCAAAGGAUUAAUGUCAUUACAUUUCCAUAUGAUGCAAUGCCGAAACACUGGUUCACCACCAAUGGGAACAUUUAUAAGUUAUCGUCUGCUGAUGAACCAGUGAAGAAAGUCUAAGCAUUAACUUAUACCACUACAAUUUGGAGCAAAAAACUAACUUGAGUGCCUUAAUCUCUAAAUACUUGCCCAUAAUGCCCACUUGCAUCAUUUCUGAGCUUGUGUUUUACAAUUAUAGACUUCUAGAACGCUGGACACAAAAGGUGUUGACAGUCAUUAUUGGUGCCCAGAUUUAUUCAGCAUUUUUCAUUUAUUUUUCCAGCCCCCAUAAAAGAUAUUGGUUUCCAUUUGAUGCUUCACACCAGUCUCAAGGUCCUUUAUUAAAUAUUAAAGCAAUAUUCUGUUAAAUACAAGUUAAGAUCAUCGAUGGGAUGCUGUUGAUUCAUGCAGAAAUUUUGACUCAUACCUCAGUUUUAAAAAACAAAACAAAACAUUAUUUUAUUUUUAUUUUGUUUAUUUUUUUUUUUUUUAAAUUAGGUAUGAACCAAAAUUAUUAUCAGCCAAAAGUGCCACAGAUGCUGUUGCUAGGGCUUUGAUUUUUUACAAAUAUCUUUGUGAGGGGGUUGUUUUGGCAGCUGCUAAUUUUGCUAUUUAACUGAUUUAGCAAAGACAAUGUGGCAUAAAUAUCCAUCUGUUUCCAGUGAGUAAUUCCUUCCACUGUGUGAGCUUAAUAUGGAAUAGUUUGAGGUUAUCACUAGGCAUAGAUACCUAAUUAUUUUAAUUAUUCGAAAUGAGCAUCCCCAAGGGCUUGUGUUGUACAUAUUCAUAUUUAUAUGUAAUGGCUUUUUGUAC